AUGGUAAGAGGAAAUUUAGGCCUGAAAAUUCAUAACGCGCAAGACAACUCGUGGCGUAUGCAAUGGACGCAAGGUGAACAGCCUUGGUGCCGACAUAGAGCUAAGGAUAAUAUUCUUGUAUGGUUACAAUGGAUGUCUAUAGUUAUGGCGAUUCUUCUCGUACUAAUCGGAAUAUUUGCUAUCUGUUGGUUUAUCAAGCAGUCGGAUCGAAAGAAACGAAGGUCACCAUCAAGAAGUGCGAGUGUCGUGGGUCCUGAAACGGAAUUUUUUGCAUUGCAUAUGUCUUCCUUCCUUAAAAGGCACAGUUUAGAAAUGAACGCUAGUACUACUACAAUUCUGGUGGCUGCUGGUUGUAACUCCAUGGCUUGCGAUGUCUCUUGGCCCGAUGGCACUGACAUCCACGCGAACUGGUAUCAGUGCAACGAGAGUUCUAUUUUGCUCUUCAACGCUACGACAUUCGAUGCAUAUGCUAAAUGCCAGGCUUCUGGAAAAGACAUUGACAGUGGGUUGAAUAAAAUGAUAGAGUUUAGGGAACCAUCAGUGCUGCCAAAGCAUCAGAUUUAA